GAAAGCACAAUACUUUCUUUGAUGAGAGUGAGGCAGAGUAGACGACCCAUGAAGUCUCUCCCCCUCCAACUCCGCAACCUCUGCUCUCGAAAGUGAUCUCUAACCCCAAUCAUUCAAUCACACCCAAUUUGAUUAUCUCUCCAACUCAUAGUGGGGCUCCAUUCUUGCAAAGUUGACAGCUUCUCCUUCUCUUGGCCACCGCGCGAUGGAGCCCAUCACCCCGUCCACCUAACCCGCCAUUGUCGUCUCCUUGCCACUUUCCUCUGCCUCCGGCCUCCAGCUCAUCGGCAUCUUCCUCUGUCUCUGGAUUGAUCCACGGAGCUUCCAUGAUUCUUUGGUGAUGGUCCGCGAGCUCCUGGCCGUGCUGGUGCGCGCGGCGCUGCAGUGGGCGCUGGCGUCGCUGCUCCUCGCCAACGGCGCCGCCUUCUGCCUCAUCGCCGCCGCGGCCUCCUCGCUCCGCCUCGGCCCGCCCUGCCUCCUCUGCGCUCGCGUCCACCGCCUGCUCUGCCCCUCCUCCUCUGGCGACGCCGGUUGCAGCCAAGAAGAAGACGACGCCUUCCGCCGCCUGCUCUGCGACGCUCACGUCGCCGCCAUCGCGCGCUUAGGCGCACAAGAAACAGAGCAGCCGGCGUGCUCUCCUUCUGAUCACGUCCACACAGGGACGAAAUAUGACUCAGAUAAAUCUCGAGGUCUAGAGUCUCAACGCGUCGUCUCCAUCGGUAGCGAGAUCUGCGAGCAAGAUCGUGGCGCCGACGACGACCAACCCCGUGCCACCAACCUCAGCGUCCUCCGAAGAACGUCGAGCACCGACAGCGGCGAAGGCCCGUACGUAUCCCUAUUCGAGCUCGCUCCCCUCGUCGCCCUCCCGGAAGACACCCUGCCGGAUUACGAUGCCAAAGAAGCACCUCACGGCCACGGGCACGGGACGGCGAAGACGGAGCACGACGAGAGCGCGUCCCCGAGCGCCGCGGCAGGCGGCGAGCAGGCGCUGACCGUGAGCGGCCUCGUGGCCGCCCUCCGCGCCCAGCGGAGGGAGCUGGAGGCGGCGCGCGCGGAGCUGCACGGCGAGCGGCGCGCCAGGGCGGAGCUGGAGGAGCAGGGCGAGCUGGACCGGGAGGCGGCGCGGGUGGCCAUGCAGCUCGUCCACGAGACGGAGACGGAGAAGCACGAGCUGCAGCAGCAGCUCGACGCGUUCAGAGUCAGGGUCCAGCUCCACGGCCACGAGGCCGCCGCCGCCUCCUUGGACGCGGACUGCUCUGCUCCUCCGGCCAACCGGCUCGGGCGCCGGCUGAGCCGCGACGGUGAUGGUGAACUGGUGGGCCUGGAAGACGAGGCGGGCUGGAGCGAGAACAAGAACUACCAGUCGCUGGUGGACUUCCUGCCGGGCUCGGUCUACUCCUCGUCGCCGGACCUGGCCAACCUGCUGAGGCUCUACACGGAAGGCAAUGGCAAUGGCGCUCGUCGGCCGAAAGAGGGUGAUAUCACUGAGGAGGAGGAAGAGGAGGUCGUCGUCGUCGCCGUCACGGCCGCAGCUGUUUCCGGUUUCGACGGAGUGGACGGUGAGGAGGCCACUAGCACUGCUGCUGCUGCUGCUGCAGCUGCUUCCGUUUUCGACGAAAGUGGUAGCGACCACGUCGGAGCAGAUCUUGCACAAGACGAAGCAGCAGUAAUGCGUGCAUGAUGUAUGACAUUUUACCACCGUGAUUGAUUUGUUUUCCAUUUAACUGCCAUUUUUUAUAUUAUUUGUUGUACAGAGCUUCAUAUAUACAGCACUUUGGAUUGACCAAGGACUUUGGGUCAUUUUAUCGAA